CGGCGGCUUCAGCCAUGUCAGCGGGCGGCUCGGGGCAGCGGGAGCCGGGGGCCUCGGGCGGGCGCCGCAGCAAAUGGGACCAGCCGGGGCCUUCGCCAGCUCUCUUCCUCCUUCCUGCUACCACCCCAGUGGCCGGCCGCCCCAUGCAGGGCAGCGGAGACGGGAUGUCAGGGUCCGAAGGUUCGGCGGCUCCUUUGGGCGCCUUGGAUGCUGCGGCGGCGGUGGCUGCGAAAAUCAACGCCAUGUUGAUGGCAAAAGGGAAGCUGAAGCCCUCAGCCAACUCUGCAGACAAGCUCCAGGCUCCAGGGAAAGGUCUGUCGGCGAACAAAAGCAAAGAUGAUCUCGUGGUGGCGGAAGUGGAAAUCAACGACGUGCCACUCACAUGCCGAAAUCUCCUAACAAGAGGACAGACGCAGGACGAG